AUGUCUGGAAGUGUUCACCAGAAGCGGUGCGAGCUUCAAGAUCAGAUCGAUAACUUGCAUGAACAUGGUCGUACUCACCCACGACAGCUUAGCAUCCGGUACUCUGUCUUCACUACCUCAUGGUUGCACCAGUUCAUUGCGCUCACCCACCGAAACUUCCAAGCAUACUGGCGCAAUCCUACGUAUAUCCGCGCCAAAUUUAUGCUUAACAUUGUUGGCGGUCUCCUUGUAGGCUCUACAUUCUUCCAGGCAAAUGAUUCUUUGCAGGGCACUCAAAACAAACUGUUCUCAAUCUUCCCCUCGCCGUAG